AUGCCGCGUGUGGAUAGCUUCAGUAAUUCCCAAAGGCGAGACACAAUGCCUGCAAGUGAAUCAAGUGAUACUGUGCGCGAACCUUCUCCAUGCCAUCAAAUACAUCAUCUCGAUGAACUAGACGCUCAAUCCCGGUAUGAAGAGGAAACGGCAGACCGAGGCAUUGGCGCCCUUCACAACAUCCACUCACGGACACGAAGUCGUACCGACGAGACGCUCAUCAGCUGGGAAGUUGACGAUCCGGAGAAUCCAGUCAAUUGGUCAAAUACGAAGAAGAAACUGGUUGUUUUAUGUACCUCGAUGCUAGUCAUCAACUCAACCAUGGGUUCAGCCCUUCCCAGUAUGGCAAUACCAGAUAUAAUCAAAGACUUCAACAUCACAUCAGAAGAACAAAGUGUGCUUCCCAUCUCUGUAUACCUUAUCGGCUACGUCUUGGGUCCCAUCGUCUGGGGUCCUCUCAGCGAACAUUAUGGCCGUCGAAAUCUAAGCUUCGUCACCUUUUGUCUCUUCACCAUCUUCACUAUGGCCUGCGCUGUCGCUCCGUCAUGGGCGGCGUUAUUGAUCUUUCGAUUCUUCUGCGGCGCCUUUGCAAGUUCGCCCAUUGCCAUUGUCGCUGGUAUCUUGGCGGAUAUUUAUGACGACCCUCGCACGAGGGGCAGGGCAUUUGCUAUUUUCAUGGUGUGUACCACUGGGGGUCCCAUCUUAUCCCCGAUCCUCUCCGGUUUCGCUGGUCCCAACAUUGGCUGGCGCUGGGUCUUUUGGAUUGCUCUCAUGAUCGCUGGUGUUACCGUCGUCCUGAUCGUUUUUCUCCCUGAGACAUAUGGCCCGAUUCUCUUGUCGCGCCGCGCUCAAAAACUCCACAAGCAAGACCCGUCAUCUCGUGCCAUUGCACCGCGAGAUCUUGAGACAACAGAUCUCAGACAGCUUCUCACCGUGGUCCUCACUCGUCCCCUCCGUAUGCUCAUCUUUGAGCCUAUCGUGACAACGACAUGCACUUAUCUCGCUCUCGUCUAUGCCAUAUUCUACAUGUCCUUCCAAGCGUUUCCCAUCAUCUUCCAGGACGUCUAUAGCCUCUCACCCGGUGUUACAGGCCUCGCUUAUCUUCCUAUUUUCGGCGGUGCAGCUCUGUCUCUUCCCAUUUUCUGGACUUGGGAUAACGUUCUUGCCCGUGCGACAGAACGAAACGACUCCUGGGUUCGCCGCGAAGAAUACCGUCGCCUUCCUCUAGCUUGUUUGGGUGGUCCGCUCUUUGUUGUCUCUCUUUUCUGGCUCGGCUGGUCUGCUCGUGAUGACAUACCUUUUGCAGUGCCUAUGCUAGCCGGUAUCCUUUUCGGAAUGGGCUUUUUGUUGAUCUUUAUGGCUAUGCUGAACUAUCUUACGGAUGCGUACGAGAUAUUCGCUGCCUCUGCGAAUGCCGCUUCCUCAACGACACGGUCUCUCUUUGCUGUUGUAUUGCCACUCGCUACAAAACCAAUGUUUCGCCAACUGAAUAUCAAUGGCGCAUGCUCUCUUCUCGGAGGCCUUAGUGCACUCAUGUGUUUCAUUCCAUUCAUUUUCAUCUGGCAGGGCCCCAGGAUUCGAGCUCGCUCCAAGUUUUGUAUCGCACUACGUGAGAGGAAAGUGGAGAUGCAACGUAAGGAAGAAGAAGCAAAAGCUAGAAAGGACCGGUAUGAUCUAAGAUACGCAGAAAAGGGCAAGGAGGAUGAAGCUGUCUAA